GGCGCUGUGGCCGGCGUGCCUUGCUCUCUCAUCAAUCUCUGCGCCGUCGCUCGUCUCCAUCGCCUUCCUCCAUCGCUCACCCAGCUCCAUCGCUCGUUUCCAGCGUCUGCCAUGCCCUCGGGACUCCCGCCAACGAUGCGGCUCUCGUACCGCAAGUACAAGCAGGAGACUGCCCAGCUCGUGCACUGGAUCGAGGCGACGUCGGCAGCCCAUUCUCCUCGAUCCAAGCCAAGUCAACCCCGCGACCGCAGCUCCAGCACAGCUACAAACAGCCGUCGGAAUGGCAAAAUGAAGAAUGAACCUCCUCCUCGUCCCGAAGCGCCAGCACCCAGCAGCCACUCGAUCACCCUCGCCGCAUUCUCGCAGAUGAUCGAGAGCAUUUCCGGCAGGCUCGACGAGGGCAUCCUGGCUAUUCCCGACAACAUAUACGCCAUUUUCCAUAGCAUCAUCCAGAGCCGGCUCCAGUUUGUCGAGUUCUACUCGAGAAUCGCUGAGCGAUUGUCUGCCCAGGGCAAGCUCGCCGAAGUGGCUGAGAUCAACCAGAGCACCCAAUCCCACAUGCACUUUCUGAGCGUCCUCCAAGUGUCUUUCUCGAAGCUCGGCGGCGACUCCUGGACUCUCCGCAACUCGCCCAUGCUGCCCAAUAGCCCUGGAAUCGGCCGGAAUCAACACGAGUCCAACGGAUCCGUCUCGGCAGAGUGCCACUUUGAGAAUCGAUUCUCGGCGCUGCAGGUGGACGAAAGCGUCGUGCCCGCUGCUGAUCCCCUUGAGGAGCCCGCUCCAAGUCCAAAAGUCUCCAGCGAGUGGAGCCCAGAACGGGUAUCUGAAUGGCACCCAUCUCAGCUUGAAGAGGACGACGGCGACCCAGAAUACGAGGACAUCGAGGAUGAUGACCAAGCGAGUCGCAUCAGUCGCGAUGGCAAGUGCUUCGACGGCCGCAGCUCAAAGGAGCGCAAGGGUAGCCAACCGGAUGCCUCGCUCGAUGGACGGACCAUGCCUGGCGCAGACGAUUCGUCUGACAUCGACCUUGACGGAUACGGGCUCGCGGGCGACAUGCACGAGUGGAUGUUUGCGGCAUGGUGUCUCUGGAUCGACGUCCACCAAAUCCGGCUCUACAUUCACUCUGUCUGGGAGCACCACUCCCAGGGCAAGGUCAAUCUGGUAACGGCCUCGCUCGUGACAACAGUCGCAGUUGCAGUCAUCAGCCAGCUGGAAGACGAGCUGCGGCAGCAGUUUCCGCACUUUACGGGCUACCAGGAUUUCGUCGAUGUCUUUGCUGCGGCGCAGGAGCAAGACGAGGCCGGUCUUGUCGAAGAAGUCAUCAUGCUGCCGACCUUUACCAUUCUCAAGAGCUUCUCGGCCGUUGUCCAGGAAGGAACUCUACCGGUGGCCAAGGCCGGCGUCUUUGGCCCCUUCAAUCCACGGACCCGUCGCUCUCGCAUGACAUCGGCACAACGACGAGCCGAAGACAAGAGCGUCCUGUGCACUCAGCUGGCGGACUGGGCGAUUCUGGCCCGAGCGACGACCGAGUUUUUCGGUGACGACGCCGUCGUCGGGCUCGUCCGGCCGUUCAUCCAGUCCAAGGAAAUUCCGCUGCGGCUUGUUUUCUCGGCCCAAGCCUACCUCACUUCGCUCUACACAAACCGCCGACAAGCGCAUCAGUGCAUGAUGGCCCUGUAUUCGUUUGUACGGUGCUGCCAGAGCGAGCUAGAGUGGCAGCUGGCGCACGGCGAUACCUACAUGGACAGCAGCAGCAUCAACAAGGACAUCAAGGCGAUACUGGAGAGCCUCCGCCGCGGGCUCGCUGUCGACCUGGUCUUCGAGCACAAGCGCAAGCACAUAGCCGAGCUUGGCGGCAUUCCGAUCCGAAGCCACGAGAUCUUUGAGCGCAAUCCGUGGCUCUGCGGGGCGUGUAUGUACAAGGUGAUGUUUUCGGUCCACCACAUCGGCAUUCAGAUCAUCAACCAAGCAGGGUUUUUUGUCGCCAUCAGCCAUAUAUACAAUGCGCUGCGCCGCCGCGGGUACCUGAGUCUGGACUGGCCGUUGCUGGACUCGCUGAUGGAGCUGCACUCGCGGCGCAUCUUCAACGGCAAGGUGCCGACCACGGACUUUCUCAAGAGCUUUGCGCUGUCUCUUGGGGUGCGCAUCGAAAGCUUUGCCCGAGACCCGGUCCGGAGGCGCAAGGAUGGAUCUGCAAAAGGGCCGCGACGAACGCUGGAGUUUCAUCGACACGGCCGCGGUAUUCAGGACGAGUCGCUCCUCCACACGGUGUUUGAAGAGAAAGACGGGCUCGCUCCCGCGACCAUGGACCGCAUCAUGGAGUGGGCUCGGCUCGCCGACGCCCCACAGCCGCGAGCACCCGGACGAAGGAGCACCUCUAUGAACAAAACCGAACGCACGCCUGUCGAUCUCCUGAAGGGCGUAGCCAACCUCUCCUAUCACGAGCAGCACGUCAGCCACGCCGUCGGACUGAAUCUCCUGGGAAUCCAUCGAAUCUUUAUCGAAACAAUGCAGACACUGAGAGACCGACUGAGCGAGCACUUGCCUGGUUUGGCGGAUCUGAAACCUCAGCAGUGGCCGUUUAUUGCAGGUCAUCUCCUGUCCAGGCUCGACGAGGCGGCACAGCAAGGAGACGCCCACGAUGGCACAAUGCAGGCUGCGGCCCGAGUCUUUGCAGAGCGGAUCGAGCGCACGCAGGCGGCGGACUACUGCCUCGUCCCCGGCGUGGUGCUCUGACGGGAAGCUGGGUGCGAUGCGCACGAUGUCGGGGAGUGGACAUGAGAGAGCACAGAGCACCACUGUUUCCACUUUGGUCUUGCUAUCGCAGCACCUCGUCGAGCCGGGCUGGACUCGACUGGGCUGUAUUCAUCCGGCUCAAUAUACCAAACUCCACCACAGA